CCUUCAAAGAGGGACAUGGCUAAACGCCCCCUACAUAAACGACUUUUUGAAAAAGAGACAGAGAAAAACGCAUCUUAUUCUUUGGAGCGAGAAGCCUGCGUUGCCAAGCUUUGGCCAUUGUCAAUGUUGGAGCUUAGCUUAGUCAGAAUUUCAAGCUUUGUGAGCUCAGCUGAGAAUAUGUGACAAUGUUUAUUAUACAAAUAUAUUCUUAAGAUUGUCUGGCUACAUUGUGAGAUAUGAAAGGUGGUAGAAAAUUCAGGUUGACGGUAAAGGACAGCAUUCAUACUUAUAUAUUAAAUAGUUCCUUGUUUGGUUAGAAUUCACGACUACUCGAAGGGCUGCUGUGUGCUGAGCGUUAGAAGAAAAGGAAGUACGAGAUUAUUCGAGCUUAUGACUGAACUACACGUUCAGUGAAGCAACUUCUAUUCAUGCCUGAAAGAAACAUGUGCAAGGUAAUAAUGUAUUUUACAGCAGGGUAAGACUGACUGUGGUACUGUCGUAUUCAGCUGACUCAAAAAGUACGGGCACUGUGAGUUCACAAGUCAAGACAAACGAAGAGCAAAAACUUCAUCUUGUCAUCAACUCAUAACUUUACACCUCAAACUGAGAAGAUAGCCAAAUGAAGUGACCACUUAAAACAACGAAUAAGGAAAGAUAUUUAAUAAUGCCCGCUGUGUCAUGGUAGCCUUUAGCCUGUUCUUAAGAAUUCAAAAUUUCAUUUGAAAAAGAAAAUGUUUUCUAAUUCAUUAAAUAUGCAUUGUGUUUUAAGCUUCCCCGAUCGUUAACGCAACCAGACAAAAGCAGUACUGUGUUUUCUAAAAUUGUUUGGUUCCAAUUCGAGUGGAUUAAUCGUGACCCGGCGUCAUCACAGAUCAAAGGGAUUACAAGGGAGAAAGAACUCUUUCUUUGAGGGCUAUUAAUUUCUGGAUUGGCUGAUCGGCCCCCGCAUAGGGUCAGAGGUCAUCACAGGUCAUCAUGGCGUCCAGCAUCCGGGUGGUCAUCCUGGGAGAUCACAAGGUCGGGAAGUCAGCCGUGACUGUGCGCUUCCUAACAAAACGCUUCAUCGGUGAAUACAGCUCCGACAUAGACCUGUUGUACCGGUCAAGCAUCAAGGGAGAGGACUCGGUCACUGACAUUGAGGUGCUGGACACUU